AUGUUCUUUUCCACCGUCCUCAUUGCCACUUUGGCAAUCAUUCCCUCAGCACUUGCUCAGUUCAACGGGCACUACACGAUUAAAGCGAUAGAUGGGACCUCGUUGGCAUUUGGAUCACAGUCGAAGGUUUUUAGCAUUGGUAAUGCCCCUACAAAGAAUGGCACUUUUUAUAUUACCUCUGGACCCAAGUCUUUAGGAUACGCCUUCAUCACGGGUGUUCUGCCGUCCAAUGUUCUCACUGCCACCGGUUCCUAUACAUCGACCAACAACCUCGAUAAUUCCCAGGCAUCAGGCCUGGAUUUUUACUCCUCCACAGGGAACAGAUCGCAGCAAGCAUGGAAGAUCAAUAGUCUUGGCAACGGCCUCUACGAGAUCGAGAGUGCAGCAUUCCCUGAAAGCGUGCUUGACAUUAGGGGCGAUGGCAGCAACACCCGUCAAGUCUUAGUGUAUUCCAGAAACGGGGGCAGCAACCAGAAGUUUCGCAUCAUUCCGUUCAGCCUCUUCGAUACGGCUACGUAG